UCUCCGCGAGAGGGGAGACGGAGAGCAACAACUUUCUCCGUUUGGCGCAGAAUGGAGAGGAGCUGACGCACUGCCAUUUACCGGACCGUUAACUUUCCUCCUCCAGCUCAGACUCCGCGCCGCGCUUCACCGGGAACAUACGACUGAAAGAUAGUUUUGUCACAGUUUGAGCACCGAAGAGCUGAAUAUUCCCUCCUUAAUAUUUUCCUCCCCUUCUUCUUCUUUUUCUUCUACUUCUUCUUUUCGGACACGUUAACCGCGUUAUUACGCACGAUGCGCACGGAGAUGGCUUCUCUGCGGAGACACAGAACGGGAGUACAACAAGUUUUUUAUGCAUAUCUGUCCAUUUCAUUGGCUUAUUCUUACAAUAUAGACCUAGAACAUCCUUUAGUGUUUCGCGGACCCAAUUCUAGUUUUUUUGGCUACUCGGUGCUGGAGCAUUAUCAUGACAACACACGCUGGGUAAUAGUUGGGGCUCCGACGGCAAACUCGACCUACAGUAGCUCUGCGCACCCUGGAGCUGUGUAUAAGUGUCGAGUUCACAGCAACCCGGAGCGCCGCUGCACAGAGAUGGAUCUGGGAAGAGGAAACAAGCCGAGAGAGUGGUGUGGGAAGACGUGCCAGGGAGACAGGGAUGACGAGUGGAUGGGGGUCAGCUUGGCCCGCCAGGACCGAGCCGACGGCAAAAUACUGGCCUGUGCUCACCGAUGGAAAAACGUCUACUACGACUCGGAGCACAUCCUCCCGCAUGGGUACUGCUCCAUCAUUCCUUCCACUCUGCAGGGCAGGGCCAAGCCUCUCAUCCCUUGUUAUGAAGACUAUAAGCAGAAGUACGGGGAAGAGCACGGCUCGUGCCAAGCCGGGAUAGCGGGAGUUUUCACGGAGGAGCUGGUGGUGAUGGGGGCACCGGGGUCAUACUACUGGACGGGGACCAUCAAGGUGUACAACCUGACUUCUGACUCCUUCUACAGCCCCAGCAAAGAGGACGUCGACUCUCACAGAUACAGCUACCUUGGCUACGCCGUGACUGCCGGACACUUCUCCUCUCCUAAUGUAAUAGACAUCGCUGCCGGGGCGCCUCAGCACAGCGGCAGUGGAAAAGUUUACAUUUUCAAAAUCGACGGUGUAUCUUUGGUGAAGAGCUUUCAAGCCUCAGGGAAAAUGAUGGGCUCUUACUUUGGCUCCUCAUUGUGUGCAGUUGAUCUGAACCAGGACGGCUUGUCGGACCUACUGGUGGGGGCACCCAUGCACAGCCAGCUCCGGGAUGAGGGCCAGGUGUCUGUGUACCUCAGCAGGGGCAAUGGGGUGAUGGAGGAAGACGGCGUUUUGAGUGGUGAUAAUGCUUUCAAUGCACACUUCGGAGAAUGCAUUGCGGCAAUUGGAGACAUAGAUGAUGAUGGAUAUCAAGAUGUAGCCAUCGGAGCCCCUAAAGAGGAUGACUAUGGAGGAGCUGUUUAUAUCUACCAUGGGGAUGCCACAGGGAUCAUCAGUAAAUACUCCAUGAAAGUGUCUGGGCGCAGUGUGGACCCUGGUCUGCAGAUGUUUGGCCAGUCAAUCUCCGGCAAUGUGGACAUGGAUGGCAAUGGAUACGCAGAUGUCACUAUUGGAGCUUUCAUGUCAGAUAGUGUGGUCCUGCUGAGAACCCGGCCUGUCAUUACGGUGGAUGUCUCCAUCUUCCUGCCUGUCUCCAUCAACAUCUCGGUGCCGCAAUGCCACGAGGGCCAGCACAACCUAAACUGCUUCAACGUGACCGCCUGCAUGCGCUUCAGGGGAAGACAGCUGCCCGGACAGAUAGAGCUGCUGUACAACAUAACAGCUGACGUGGAUAAGCGCCAGAAGAGCCAGCCGUCCCGGGUCUACUUCACUCAAAGCGGAUCUCAAAUCAACCAGAUGAGCCAGCAGAUGAGCUUGGACAUCAACAGGGAGGAGUGCCAGCGCUACACCGCCUACGUCAAGAAGGACGUGAAGGACGUGUUCACGGCCAUCACGUUCGAGGUGGCUUACAGCCUGGGGAAGCAUGUGCUUUCUGCACAGCAAGAGCGAGACCUGCCCGCGCUCACGCCCGUGCUACGCUGGAGGAAAGGAAACAAGAUCGCGGCAAGGAACGAGACUUGGUUCGAGAAGAACUGCCUGUCAGACGACUGUGCUGCAGACCUCCGCCUCCAUGGGAAACUUUUGCUCUCUGGGUCGCACAGCAAACCCCAUCUGGCCCUUGGCGGAGUGAAGAAUGUCUCUUUGAACCUGACCAUCUCUAACGCCGGGGACGACGCCUACGACACCAACAUCUACUUCAACUUCUCCAGAGAGGUUUUCUACAUCAACUUCUGGCAGAAGGAAGAGAAGGGUAUUUCCUGUGGAUUUGUUGAUUUGGACUUCCUCAAAUGCAGCGUGGGAUUUCCCUUCAUGAGAGCGCAGACUAAGUAUCAUUUUGCAGUGAUUUUUGACACAAGUCAGCUUUCUGGGGAAAAUGACACAUUACAGUUCUCAGUUCAAGCAAAAAGCGCCAAUCCUGAGCACAACCUGUCUGACAACACUUUGGAUCUGUCCAUCCCUCUGGUUCACGAGACUGACACAACGAUUACUGGUGUGGUGACACCGAGCUCCUUUGUCUAUGGAAACUACAUUGAUGCCUCUCGCUUCGUCCAGUUGGAAGACAUGGAGUGUGACUUUCAGCCUCUCAAUCUCACAUUCCAGGCCAUAAACAAGGGGCCCAGCAGGUUGCCCGGCUCCACUGUUGACAUCAGGAUUCCCAACCGGCUGGCUGGCAGCGGAGCUGACAUGUUCCACAUCAUUGAAACACAGGUAACGGAGGGCCGAGGGAACUGCACCCCUCACAGGAACCCGACACCGUGCAGCAUCCCCCAGGACAGAGACAGCAUCUUCCACUCCAUCUUUGCAUUCUUCACCAAAUCAGGACGCAAGGUCUUAGACUGUGACCGGCCUGGAAGAGCCUGCAUGACCAUCUCCUGCAGUCUGGGCCCACAAUUAAAAGAAGAGGCUCUGAGCAUAGAUAUAAAGCUUCUACUCAAUGUUGAAAUUCUUAAGAGGGACAGUUCCUCUGUGAUCCAGUUUGUGACGAGAGGCAGCGUGCAAGUAAAUGACAGAGCAGUAGAGGUGCCAAACGGCCUGCCAGAGGACAUUUCUCUGGUGUUCGAGGCCCUCCACAGUCAGGAACCCAGGGGUUACGUAGUCGGCUGGAUCAUUGCCAUCAGUCUGCUGGUGGGAAUCCUCAUCUUUCUGCUGUUAGCGGUGCUACUCUGGAAGAUGGGAUUCUUCCGUCGGCGCUACAGAGAGAUCAUCGAGGCUGAGAAGAACAGGAAGGACAGUGACGAAAGCUGGGACUGGAUGGAGAAGAACCACUGAGACUUGUAGUGGCGGUCCCACAGGAGCCAAUGAGAUUAGGGAUUGGGUCGAGAAAAGGUCCAAUAGCACGUGGUCUCGCAGCCCAGCCGCCCCAGUGGCACCAGGCCCUUCAGUCUUCCAUAUGUGGAAGAGAAGAAUAUUCUCCAUAUUUUUUGGAGACUUAUAUUUUUUUUUUGUGGGAGGAAUCAGGCUUCAGAAAGGACAUUGUGUCUUGCAGAGGACACUUGCAGUGGAAUCCAGCCAGCGAGAGCGGGGCCGUCGAUGGAGAGCCACGUCCUUUGCAGGGUCGUGGCGACAGUGUGAAUACUGAUGGACAAUAAAACCCUCAGGGCUGUUUAACAUAGCAACUAUUUUAUUUUUAUACAUACACAUCAAGCCAUAUUGUAUAAACCUGGGCUUCAAGAAGAGGUGGGGUUUUGACGGGCCAUUAUAAACAUACUGUAUCUCCAGUAGGUUUUUCCUAAAAGCACUGAUGUUAGAUAAGAAUGAAUGCCUUGGCUCCAUGGCUCUGCUGUUACGCCAAAGAUAUGUCCUGUUUAGUAUAGGAUUAGAGUUGUCUCUAUAUUCAGUUAUUCCUUGGAGUGAAAAAUUGUAUCAUUUCUCUACUAUUUCCGAGCUUAUGAAUAUCUGGUUUACACAUCUGACCAUCGCUUUCUCCCACCGAUGACAAGCCAGAGCUAAUUCGGUGUUUCGGACCCACACACACACACACACACACACAACUCAAACGCUGUCCUCGUGUCAUCCAUUGGGGUUGUCAGGGAGGUCGGAGAGGCGCUGAGGACAUUGGGAUCUGGCCCAGGAAAGGAGUCUUCAUUAACACUUGAUUUGCCAUGUUUCCUCUACUAUCCACGCAUGAAGCGGUUGUGGAUCAAACAUUCAGAUUUCAAGUUUUGAGAUGAUUCAUAAAUAUUCCAUUUGUUAUGGUUGGCAUUGAAACAUUUGUGUUUAGGUCUCACAGGUGGCUGUAUCAAAGUGAUUUUGUCCAUGUUACAUCUGGAUGAACAUGUGGGAGUAGCGUUUAUCUGCCAGGAUCUGUUGCUCAGGUAUGCAGCUGAGGCUUCCAGGUUCAAGUGAAGACUGAAGUGUUAUAAGAUAUGAAUCAUAUCCUCCAUGACAUUAUUCCUGAUCAAGUUCUGUUCCCCAAAACAUUUGCAGACUUCUUUGAAGUAGACCAUAUUGUAUUUACUAUUGUAUAGGCAUUUAGUGUGAAAUUCGACAUAUGUUGCGCUCUAUGGCCAGAUGAAAGUCAUUUACUGGGGCCGUGGCCUAGAAAUAGGUGGGAAUGUGCUGCAUUUAAUCACUUCACAUAAACGAGCUUUUUCAGACUCAUGGGAAAAGCUCAUUUUAAGUCAACAUGAAGGAAUGUCAGAGCAUCUCAGUACUCAAAUGUUCUUGAGUCUUCUAAAAGCUGUGUUUCAUUGUGAUUAGAGGUUUACAGACCACAGUGAAUUUUUAUAUUUAAGGUCCCUAAAUAAAUACAAUUAUUAACAAUUUUAUACAUUUGCGUAGCUUUAUCGCAGAUAAAUAUGGAGAAAUAAACAAAAUCCUGCGGCUAAAAUGGGACAAUAGUUAAUUAUAUCAAAACGGAUAUCUUGCAGUAGUCCACAGUCAGGUUUAAAUGUGCAAUGCCAAAGAACUAAAAUUAUAUUUUUACAUUUUUCACACGACAGUGCUAACGCACUUUAUGGCUCACUAUGAUUGCUUGGUUUUCUGUUUUGUGCUGUAUGAAUCUUUUAAUGAUCCGAUAGGGUUUAUUUUAUCAUUUAAUUCCACUGGCAUGUCAGCAUAUACUGUACACAUUCACGUUCUCCCUCUGAUUUUCUUAAACCGAUGAUUUACCUUUAUGCAGAGGAACCAACACGAUUCUAUGAUACAUUUUAACUGUGAUGACGUCCUCACACCGUUAUUUGGUUUAUUUGUUCUGAGUAUACUACUGUCACUGAAUAUCAUUUUCAUUAUAGUGUGAUGUAGUGUGUAUGUUUGAUGUUUAAAGUCAUGUUGGAGCUGUAUAUUUAUCUGUUGAUAAAAAAGUGGAGUGAAAUUUCAUGUCUCUGUAUGCUGUUUUGUUGGUUGUAGUUGUUUGUUAGUUCACUUCUUUUUUUGAAGGUGUGUGUUGCUGUGCUGGUUUUGCUUGUACACACACAAACUACAUACUAUAUGAACUACAUAUUCAAAGUUUUUAAAAAACUCUUGAAAUUGUAUUUUGUUGAACCUUAUGCAGGCAAUUGAUGACAAUCCAUUAUCUGUGCUUAAGAUCUAAGGUGCAAUAUUUACUCUCAUUAAAGCUUGUUCCUUCCUGGACAAAUUCAAAAGCCUGUAAAGUCACUAAAAUAUUAAAUAACUAGAAAA